AGCUCUUACAGCUAUCCUGCUAAGAACAAUACGGAUUGCAACUGGAUUACAAUUUGACGCUAUGGCUUUUUUAAAAAUUACGAUCAUCAGUACCAUGGUUAUUACAUUGGCAACAGCGUGGUCUGGUCAGUUUCCACAGUUUUACCAUUCGGUUCCUUCACGGGCGUCACCACCGAUGGCAUUUAGACAAUUUUUUCAAGAACCAUUGCUCCCACAACGUUAUUUUGUACACCAACCACAGUUUCGGCAGCCGUUGGAGUUUUACCAACCACCGACUCCACCACCGACUCCACCACCGAUUCCACCACCAACUAUGAUGCCACCAAAUCAGCAAACUUCACGCGUGUUACCUACCGCUCCAUUGGCGUCAAACCAAGUGACCCCGACCGGCGUUCAUCAUCACGUGUACUAUUACUAUUUUUAUUUGCCGUUAAAAGGCGAAAUACCAAUGACCGGCCGAACAGGAGACGACGACGGUCGUGUGCCACGACAGCCAUGCGGCGAUAAUCGUCCCAUCACGACUGCCGAAUGUCCUCCGGUAUACCUUCCACCUCCACCACCUUCACCAUCCCCAAUACCACCAACACCGCCAACUACCCAAACUCCAACUUCUACUGUAUCAGUGUCUCCGCCGUCGCACAGUCCUUGCAACGAUGAUGCUGUAGUCGUGGACAACGUGGAAUAUUAUCCUUUCGGUAGAACGCCAAUAGUAGUAGCGCCUGCAAACAGCGUCCGAGAUGGUUCUGAAAACGGAAGUCGGGACAGCUCAGAACAUAAGCACGUGCAUAACACCCAGCCCAACUUUAUUUUGGCCAACUACUUACUACCACCGGACAAAUGAACACCGCCGGUACCGAAAUAUCCCAAAAUUACAGGAUAUUGUAGGUACUAUAUCAAUAUCAAAUUAUAUGCGUUAAUGUACAUAUUAAUAAUWAUUAUUUUUUAUAUAUUUUUUAAAUACGUAAUGUCAUUUUACGCUGAUUAUUAUUAUACUCGACUUGUCCAACAGUCGGUUCCGUCAGAUCUUAACCCAGAAUUCCAUUUAUUUGUAACUAAUUMUAUGGCCACUGUAAUAGUGUAAUCAAAUGGGAAAGUAACAUUGCUUACAAUUAAAGACUUCAUUAAUAAUGUGUURAGCGAUUGUUAUAUCUAUAAAUAUACUAUUUACAWYAUUGAA